AUGCAAUAUGGAUUUCCACUCCGAAAGUGGUGUUCAAGCUCCCGCCAACUUAUUGAUCUCAUACCACAACAACAAGGCGACAGCAAUUUUCUCAUAAACAUGAGCGAGGAUGACACAAUAGGGACAUUGGGCCUUCUAUGGCAACCAGCAUCAGACAAUUUUCUAUUUCUAGUUGAACAAUGGUGUCCAGUAGCCAGAAUGACAAAACGAUCUCUCUUAUCUGACAUUAGUAAGGUGUUUGAUCCAAUUGGUUUGUUGUCUCCCGUGUUAAUCAGAGGAAAAAUUUUCUUGCAGCAAUUGUGGUCAUUAAAAAUCAGCUGGGAUGAGGUGCUUUCUGAAGAUUUACAAAAUCGUUGGACAAAAUUUUAUACUAGUUUGCAGUACUUAAAUCAGGUGAUCGUUCCAAGAAAGGUCAUGAUGUCUCCUUCGUCAAACAUUCAGCUCCAUGCCUUUAGUGAUGCUUCCCAAGAAGCAUUCGGAGCUUGCGUUUAUAUGCGUUCAAUGAAAUCUGAUGGCAGUGUUGACGUUCGAUUAUACACCUCAAAGUCCAGAGUAGCCCCUAUGAAACCAUCAACUAUUCCGAGAUUGGAAUUAUGCGGAGCACUAUUAGCAGCAGAACUCGCCAAUGACACAUUAGCUGAACUCAAAGCGCUAAAUGUCAAUGUGCCACCAAACGAUGUAUACCUAUGGUCAGACUCUUCUAUAGUAAUUGCUUGGAUACAGAGCCAGUCUCUAUUUUCGGCUUAUAUAUCAAACAGGCUUGCUCGAAUCCUUGACGUUUCUUCUCCUGACCAGUGGCAUCACGUGCCUACGAAGGAAAACCCAGCAGACUUAAUUUCUCGGGGGAUUGAUGCCGCAUCCAUUUCACAGUCGAAAUUGUGGUGGCAUGGACCCUAUUGGCUGAUGCAAGGAAAAGGCAGGUGGCCUAACAGCUAUAAAACACCAGAUACCCUUCCUGAAGUUCGUGCAGUAAAGCUGGUACUCACAGCAUCAAGUACACCUGCACCUUGGUUGUUAGAGAAAUACUCAAGUUGGUCAACAUUGCUUAGAAUUACAGCUUUAGUACAGCGCUUUAUCAAUAAUUGCAAAUUUUCGUUUUUAAAUAAACGCGAUAGACGUACAGUUGGCUUUUUAACCAUCACAGAAAUUGCAGAUGCUGAACGAUUCUGGGUGACUAAUGCUCAAAUCAGCGCAUUCGAUGAUGAGUUGUCUUCUUUAAAGGCAGGCAAGCUGGUACGUCGUUGUAGUCCACUAUUCAGACUAAGUCCAUUUAUCGAUGAUCAUGGAGUGAUAAGAGUAGGUGGUCGCCUGGUGAACUCACCCAUAAGUUAUGACUCAAAGCAUCCAAUGGUAUUGCCUUCAAAAGGCAUGGUAACCAAGAUGAUCUUCAUUUAUGAGCAUCGUCGCUUAAUGCAUGCUGGCCCUCAGGCAUUACUUGCUCAUGUGUCACGGAAGUACUGGCCUCUUAGAGGAAGAGAAAUCGCUAGAAAAACAUUCCAUCAUUGUUUACAAUGUUUCCGCACAAAGCCGACAUUCCUCUCGCCAGUGAUGGCCCCGUUACCACGUGAAAGAGUCACCAUUAGUCGGGCAUUCUCGAAAACAGGAGUGGACUAUUGUGGCCCCAUCAUGGUGAGAAGUGGACUCAGAAGGAUCACACCAACAAAAAGUUACAUAUGCGUGUUUGUAUGUAUGGUAACAAGAGCAAUACAUUUAGAAUUGGUUUCCUCAUUAACAACAGAAGACUUUCUGGCCACACUCUCCCGUUUCAUGGCUCGGCGAGGACAAAUUUCAGUGCUGUAUAGUGACAAUGGCAAAAAUUUUGUUGGUGCUGAUCGAGCAUUGCAAUCUCAAUUUAAAGCACAUAAAAAAGACAAAGCUGUAAAUGACUACUUAAGCAUUAACGCUAUCCAGUGGAAAUUCAUACCAGCAGCAGCGCCUCACUUCGGAGGCCUGUGGGAAGCGGCAGUCCAAUCAGCAAAGCGGCAUUUAUAUCGAGUAUCAAAGGGAGUGUUAUUAACCUAUGACGAAACCGCGACGUUACUUUGCAAGGUAGAGGCCGCAUUAAACUCAAGGCCCUUGACACCUAUGUCGUCAGAUCCUGGUGAUUUAAACGUAUUAACACCUGGGCAUUUUCUGGUCGGUGGCCCUUUAAUGUUGCCUCCUGAACCUGACCACUCGACAGUUCCUCAAAACCGAUUGCGCAGAUUCAAGCUUAUGCAAGCACAAUUUCAAAUAUUUUGGAAGCGAUGGCUGUCAGAGUACCUGCCCCAAUGUCAAAGGAAGGGAAAAUGGCUAAAAAGAACUCGAAGUGCUGUGGUCGGCGACAUUGCAAUAUUAAAAAACGAAUUGUUACCACCGUUACAAUGGCCUCUGGUCCGGAUAACAGAGAUUCAUCCAGGGCGAGACGGUAUUGUUAGAGCAGUCACUGUGCGCAACUCUGCGGGUCAAUUAUUCAGCCGUCCAGUGGUGAAGCUGGCAUUUCUACCAACACCUGAAGAUGAGGAUCAGGAUACAGCUGCCUAA